AUGCAGGCGCACGUCCUCGUCGACCCUGUCACAGGACAACACUACAUUGUGCCACAGUACUAUCCGCCUCCAAUGUACCCAUAUCCAGCAGCUCCUCAACCGCAUCAUCCCGCUGCUCCUAUGUAUUAUCCUUAUGGACCUGCCCCGUCGCAUGCUCCAGUCCCUGCUCAAAAAGUAGCUUCUGCUCCACCGCCGACCACAUCUGCGGCAAACAAUGCUAGCUCAAAUUCUAUUAACUACAUGGGAAUUCCAAUGUACAGUAAUCCAGCUGCCAGUCACGAGAAAAAGGACGAUUCAGAAGACACGAUGUCAACGACAUCGAAUAUUUCUAGAAGCUCGUUUACUCUAAUGCAAAAUCAGAAGAUUCCCCAACAACAACAGCAACAACAGUUUGGAAGAGAGAACAGUCGAGAAUACAUGUACAUGCAACGCUCUCCGAUUUCAAAUCCAGCUCCGUCGUCUCCUCUGAUGUGUCCGAAACUUUUCCAACAGCGACUUGACACCGUAGCUGAUUCUCGAGGUGGCACUCAAUCUGAUUUCGAGGGAAAGACACAUACAACGCGACAGAAAACUGUCGAGCAUCCAACAUCGUCUGCUUCGGAUCAUGAAUCUACGAAAAGGUUCUCGAGAACUUCUUUCGGAACACCAGCUCCAGCAGAAGAAUCAGUCAGGGUACCUAAUCCAAUCCCACCUGCCAAAUCAGUCCGAAUGGAAAUUAAUUUUGCUGAUGUUCCCUCAAUGCCAAGCGAACCGAAACCAGCGAAAAAGUCUAAUGCAACGGCGUUCACAGUGAAUUUGGGAGAGGAGAAAGAAGUGACACUACAAGAAGCAGCACGCACUCUAGCUGAGAAUCGUCGAAAGAUCAAACUGGCAAAGAGCACUUCUCACGAUCGUACUCCGCACACUCCAGAAACAUUGGCUGCAAGUAAAACUAACAAGAACUACUUGCUCGAAAGAUUGCUAACAGGAAAGACGGGGACAACUGAAAAUAGUAACGAGGAGGAAGAGACAGAAGAGCCAGCGGAGACUCCAGAAGAGCACAGAGAUUUCGAUGCUCGGUCGGAAGCUCUCACUUUUGUUAUUGAUACAUCGAGAAGGAAUAACGCUGGAGGAUACGGUGGACAAGCACAACUACAGAGAGUGGUGCAGUACUCGGAUGACGACGAUGAUUCGGAUAGUGACAGUGAAUUUAUGGAGCAAUAUGCAAAUUCUCAACCACCAAAAACCUUUCAACCACUUCAAACCAUCGCCCCACCAGCUCUGCCACCCAAACAGGCCCCCGUUUCAAUUCCCCUGUCCUCUCCCCGACCAUCUGCUCUUCCUGCUCCUGGAUUCACUCGACAAAUCUCAUCUGCAAGCACAUUAAACGCUCAGCCUACUCCGACAGCCCUGACGUCACCACGAACACCAUCAACAUCUACAUCUUCAACACCUAGAACUUCUUCGAGAUUUGAUCGAUCUGAUGGUGGUGGUUCUGAUUUCCUGCAAGAACUGGCCAAGCUAAGAAUGAUGGCUGGUCUACCUGCAGCUGGACCAACAGGAAGUGAAGCCGAGCAGAAAGCCAUGGCAAUGGCACAUCAAAGGCCAACGGCGACGACGUUCAGAAGAAGCGAAGUGAGCUCUUCCGCUCGAGCUCCAACAGUUUCUUCGUCGCAAAAGACAGUGGGACUCGGAGAACGUGGAGGAUCAAGAGCAUCGUUCACUGGAAAAACCAAAGAGACGAACACCACCCCAACACCUAGCCGCCGGAGUGAGAAUCGACGAUCCUUAACCGGAAACUCAUCUCCUCAGCUGUCAAAUCUUGCUCGUCCACCUUUUCGUACUGGAGCUCCACGUGGCAUCAUGAUUGGACAGAGUGAGCAACAAAGAGAGCAGGAAAUGACCGCUUGGCUCCGAAGGAAAGAUUACAAUCCGAUGAAGGCCGCUGCCGCCGGAAAGAAACCAUCUGGUGAAAUGACACGAGAACAACAAUUCCAAUCUCGUCGUUCGAUGACUUUCCAUAAUACCGAUGAAGUGACGUCUCCAUUCGGAAGAGGCACAUCUGGGAUGGUUCCGAUACGUCCGGCACCCAGGAAUCGUUCUCAAGAGCCACGGGAUAUUAAUAAUGAGAAGUAUCGGGCUGUUCAGAAAGAUCAACGGCUUAAACGAACAGUGGAUAUGUUGUCUCAAAAGUGUAAAAAGAGCAUAGAGUUAAUAAGAAUUCAAAACAAGGGAUGCCUAUCAGUUUCCGUUGAAGAUCUUUUGUCAGCAGCAGCCGAAGAGCCACGUCCUCACGAGACGCUCGACGAGCAGCUUGAUCGCUUAUCGGAUGCUUUUGAUGCUGUUCAAAGGUAUUUUUCAAAUCUAUUUCAAGCUUUAUUCAACUUUCUAUCGAUUUUCAGGUAUCUUGAGCAAUAUUCAUUGGAUGGAUAUCACUCUCCAACUUCUGACGACAGAUACUUUGAUGAUGACGUCAUGGAGUCGAAAUCCACGUUCUCUGGAGUGAGCACUCACCAAGAAAGGAGUCUUCCAUCUACAGAGUCACUAACUAGCUCUUAUCGAAAGAAAAUUCUAGAUUCUUGA